CCCUUGGAUUUCUAUUUUCCCCUUCCCAUCUGCACUCGGAGAAGUUAGUGACUCUAACUCAAAAAUGGAAAGCAGUGGAACUAAAAUGCCCUCGCAUUCCGGCGGUUUACCCAAGGAGCAGGAGCACGCUAUCAUUGUCUCCGCCCUGAAACAGGUAGUCCGCGGUGGCACCACCCAGCCACCGCCGCCGCAGCUCCAUUAUGCCUCAUCAUCACUUCCUCCAACGGGUGGCACCGAUCAAGUAGUGAUACCUUUUUCGGAUUGUGACACGUGUCAGGUAUGUAAUAUGAAGAUGGACGAUUGCCUUGGCUGUGGUUUGUUCCGGCCAAGCGAGCAAGACGAAGGGAAAGGGAAAGGGAAAAAGAUGAAGACGAGCAAGUACAGGGGAGUGCGGCAGAGACCAGGGGAAAAAUGGGCGGCGGAGAUUCGUGACCCGCGUCGCGCGGUUCGGGUUUGGCUCGGGACGUUUCAGACGGCGGAGGAGGCAGCCAGGGCUUAUGACACGGCGGCGAUCGAGUUCCGAGGAGAGAGAGCCAAGCUCAACUUCCCGCUAAGCAGUGAAGCUGGUAGUACUACUACUGGUGCAGCAUUGACUAGGCAAAGCAUGGAGACUGGUGAGGUCAAUCAAGUCACCGCGAGUUCUGUGAAGUCAGCGAAUCAGGAAGAGGGACGGAGUAGUGAUGUUAAGGACGAAGACAUCGAUCGCUUCAUCUGGGAAAUGCUUAAAAAUGACGACGGUGAUGAAGAUUUAAGCACACGGGUCAACUCAAAUUUGUUAAAUUAAAACAAAUUUGAUUCAUUAAUUAAGAAAUUGAGUAAUAAUGCUUCAUAAUAUAUAUGGAGCAGAUGGGAGAGGGACUGAUGCUGAUAGAGUAAGGUCUGGGAUGGAAAAGAGACGUUUGAGAAAAGUACCUGGACAAAAUCUUCUCUUGGGACAUUAAGGCAUUGCCUUGAAGAGUCUCAGAUGGACAUUUUAGUACAAAGAAAUUAAUCCGAUCGAAGAGCCUUAGGAGCCAGUUAUUAUUCCCUACCUAUACAAUUUGUCUAUCUCUCUCAUCACAAUACCUACAGCGCCGUUGAAGUUUCCAGUGCAAUUCCAACUUGGAGCAUUGUUCCAAGUUUAGGAGCGGGUUAUUAUUCCCUACCUAUAAAAUUUGUCUAUCUCUCUCAUCACAAUACCUACAGGGCUG